CCUGCGCGCACCCUCCUGUGCUCAUUCCCUCGAGACUUCCGCCCUCCAUGCUCAUCCUUCCCUGCUCUUUCCCCCAGCCACCCCCGAUCCUUCCGCUCAUUUUCCCCUGCCACGGCCUUCCCUCUAGUCCGCUGCCCACUCCCUCCCAGGCCUUCCCUUCAGGCCCUCUUCCCGGACCUUCCUUAUGAGCACCUAGUCCGCUCCUUCCUUACAGCUAUUUCCCUUCCUCCACAUGGGCUUUUCUGCUAGCUAUUCCCUCCAGCCACCCCGCCCCCUCCCCAUCUGCCCCACGGGCCUUACUUCCAGCCCUCUCCCCCUCAUCUGGGCCUUCCCUUCAGCCACUGCACUCAUCCCGCCCCUGCUUGGGCCUUCCCUCGAGCCAUCCUGCCCAGGUCUUCUCUCCAGCCACUCUGUCCACCCGUCCCCCUCCCUCCCCGCUAAUCCUCCCCCUGGGCCUUCCCUACCAUCCCCCCUGCUAACCUCCCCUACGUUGUCCUCCUCUCACCCCCUGGGCCUUCCUACAGCCACCCCCAAACACCCCCUCUUCCUGGUGUUCUGUCCAGCCAUACCUGCCUGGUCCUUCCAUACAGCCACCCCUCUUCCUGCUUACCCCCUGGGCCUUUUCUACAGCCGCCUCUAUCCCCAGUCACCACUACUGGCUUUUAUCUACAGCCACUGCCACACAAAUGCACUCUCACCCAUCCCAUGGGGGGAGGAGGGGAGAGGUUUGCAUACAGCUUCCUCUUGCUCAUCCUCCCCACCCUGCCACCAGGGGGCUUUACCUAUGGCUGCCACCCUCAACUACUCCCUUGAAGUAUCAUGUCAGUCAAGUGGACUAGUGGACAUUCCUCUUCUGUAUUGUGCUUGAAUGUAAACAAAGAAGGGCUGGUAGCUUCCGGAGCAGAGAGAGGAGAGCUCACUAUCUGGAAUGAAGAGGGGAUUCGUUUAGGACAGAUACAGCUCCCAAGGACAGAUGAUGUCACCUGUGUUGUGUUCUCUCCCACCUACCCCAGCAGGCUGUACACCUCCCAUGGUGAAACCAUUAGCAUAUUGGAUGUCAGAUCCUUUAAGGGGCCAGUUGAAUGCUUUCAUCUGAAUGAGGAAGAGAUCAAUUGCCUGUCAGUGAAUGAGACGGACAGUGUCCUGGCUGCUGCAGAUGACUCUGGGGCAAUAAAAAUUAUGAACUUGGAAAACAAGAAAGUCAGCCGGUCCUUGAGGAGGCAUUCAAACAUCUGCUCCUCUGUUGCCUUUCGACCUCAACGUCCUCAAAGCCUUGUGUCUUGUGGACUGGACAUGAAGGUUAUGCUGUGGAACCUACAGAAAGCUCGCCCACUGUGGACCAUGACCCUGCAGGAGAAUGAAGCAGAAGGAGUGGAGCAGCAAUCAGCUGACCAGUUCUUUAAUCCUCCCCUAGCCCAUUCUCUGUCUGUUGCAGCAUGUGGCAACGUCUUUGGUUGUGGAGGUGAAGAUGGUAAAAUCCGGAUCUUCAGGGUAACAGGUGUCAAGUUUGAACAGGAGUUGGGGUUUAAGGGUCACACUUUGGGGGUGUCACAGGUCCUCUUUCUACCAGAAGUAUAUUGGCUGCUUUCUGGAGGAAAUGAUGGAAAGGUGUUACUGUGGGAUGUCAGCAAUGAAGCUGGGAAGCAACUGAAGAGUCCUGUGAAAUCCAUCCACAGGAGGAAGGCCAGAACACCAGCUUCCACUAAGAGAGAUGGAGAGCCCAACGCAAUGGUUGCAAAUGAACAUGCCAGAAUUUUACCAAAACUAAGCAUAGAACAUGGAGAGAAGGUGAACUGGAUUUCAUAUGCAGAGAUCAAAGGCUUCAGGAAGGUAUUAGUUGCCGAUCAGAGCAGCUGUAUAUCUGUAUAUCCUCUGAUUGAAACCUAGACACAUAUUGUUUAAGGAAAUCUUGGCAAGUAGCUAGUUUUUUGGAUUAUUGUGAGCUGGCCUACCUGGUUCCCUACAGAGCACUCUCCUCCUUUUUUUUACCAUGGAGAGUAAACUUCCUGUAGCUUAAAUAAUUCCCAGCUCUCAUGCAUGUGUAGAAGUGGCCAGGAAUUUGCUGUGGCACAUUAUGCACAUAACAAUACUUUAUCUUUUUCAAUAGUGGCAUAUCUUCACUGUAAAUAUUUUCUUGUGGGGUCAGAAGAUGGUGCAUCUUGAAUAUAGGUGUGACUUGGUUUGAAAUGGAUUGAGAGGAAUUGCAGGCUCAAAAAUGAGCAGACACUGAGGCAGCCUCAUGUUGCAGGUUGUAACAUUUUAUGUUUCAGUCUGCAAACAUUGUAAGAAAGAAGGUAUUCAGUCUGGGAGAAAAAUGGUGGCCUUCUCUGUAAAAACUAAAUCAAUGGCUGUGGUAAGCUUUGCUGAAGGUGUAAUUGACUGGAGUCCUCCAAAACCCCUGCACAAUUAACAAAACUACUGAUUUUCCUGCUUUGCCUCCUUACCUCUUUAGUUCUUUGCUUUCUCUAUUUCAACAUUUCUGGCAAUUUAGGCCUGAAUUAGACAUAUACUCUGAUUAUCUGAGCUGCAGCAACUGAA